AUGGAGAAGAUAGCUUUUGCAGACGUUUCCGUCUCCGAGGAUACUAGUGCGGGUGAUUUUUUACCCUUCCGGCAGACAAAGCGCGGUCUAUCAUCACGACAUGUGCAAUUGAUGGCUAUCGGGGGCUCAAUCGGUACUGCCCUUUUCGUCGGUAUUGGAUCCUAUCUGCGGGAGGCCGGUCCGUUGUCGGUGUUCCUUGGAUAUCUUGUUUGGGGAUGUCUAUUCAUGUUGCCUGUUAAUUUGUGUGUUGGGGAAAUGACUGCAUACCUUCCCCUUCGUGGGUCGAUUUUUGAACUUGCUGCCCGGUUUAUUGACCCGGCAUUCGGGUUUGCUAUGGGCUGGGUAUAUUUCUAUGGCGGUGUAAUGCUAGUCUGCACGGAGUACUCUGCCGUCUCAACCGUCAUGCAAUACUGGAACACAAGCGUCAACCCCGCCGUGUGGGUAGCCAUGGCACUGGUUGUUUGCACGAUGCUCAACCUUGUCUCUGUGAAAUGGUACGGCGAAAGCGAGUUCGUCCUAGCAUCAACCAAGAUCCUCCUUCUCAUCGGACUCGUCCUCCUCACCUUCAUCACAAUGCUUGGAGGAAACCCCAAACACGACAUCUAUGGCUUCCGGAAUUGGACCGAGGGCGUCAUGUUUGAGUAUUAUACCGAGGGCACCAUGGGACGAUUUCUAGGCUUCUUCUCCGUCAUGGUCUACGCAGCCUUCUCCAUAGCUGGACCUGAUCUCGCAGCUCUAGCUGCAGGAGAAAUCCAGAACCCACGAGUCACCAUUCCCCGAGUUGUGAAGAUGACAUUCUGGCGUAUUGUGGGAUUCUACGUCGUCGGCGUUCUAGCCGCAGGCAUCAUCUGCAGCCCACGCGACCCACGUCUCAUAUCCGCGAUUGCCGAUGGUGCUGCUGGCUCUGCCGCUUCACCUUGGGUUAUCGGAAUCGAGAACCUCGGCAUCAAAGGCCUGCCAGACCUAAUCAACUUCCUGAUUUUGCUCUCUGGUUGGUCAUGUGGCAAUGCCUACCUUUACAGCUCUAGCCGAACACUCUACUCCCUCGCUCGCGAUGGUCAAGCGCCGAAGUUCCUGUUAAAAUGUACAGCUUCCGGCAUCCCCAUCUACUGUGUCCUCACGGCGUCUGUUUUGUCUUGUAUCACAUUCCUUGUGGCUGGUUCCUCUUCCGUCGAGGUCUUCUUCUGGUUCGUCGAUCUGACCACCAUCGCCUUCGUGCUUACCUACACGGGCAUGGUCUGUGUCUUUAUCGCCUGGUAUCGUGCCAUGCAAGCGCAAGGAAUUGACCGUAAGUCGUUCGUUCCAUGGGUUGCACCGCUACAGCCAUACGGGGCCAUUCUUGCUAUCGUCAUUGGCUGCUUGACUGCUGUCUUCAAUGGCUUCUCUGUUUUCAACCCUUUCAGUGUGCAAGGCUUCAUCACCUCCUAUUUCGGUUUAGGGUUCUGGGUAGUCAUGUUUGUCUUCUGGAAGAUGUAUCAUCGGACUUCUUUUGUGAAAGUUGCAGAGGCAGAUUUGUACUCUGGGAAGGCGGAGAUCGAUGAAGAGUGUAAGAUCUGGGAAGAAGGUAACUGGGCGGAACGGCGGAAAGAGGAGUUAGCCCAAAUGCAUUGGGCUCUGCGAGUAUGGGAGAAAAUGUGGUGA